AAAAUUGUUUGCUUACCAAUUGGAUGGAGAAUCUGGCAAGUGUGCAAAGUUUCAGGCAAUGGAGAGCAACAUGUUUGGCAAACUGCAGCAGCAAUUCCUCUGCUGCUAUCCCGUCAACAAAAUGGCCUGGUCGACGCUGCAAUUGCCGCUGGAACUGGAUGCGCAACGUGCUUUGAUAGCGGCGACCUGUGCGCAUCCGUUGAAUCAACGGUAUCCGGUGCGUCGCAGCUACCAGGAGGCGUUCGUCAAGCGUCUGAUGCACGUCCUCAAGGAUCACGAGGAGCUGCACGACGACAUCUAUGAUAGUCUAUGCGGCCAGUUGGCCAAGGCCACCAUUAACGAAUCCGCUGGCGAUUCAUCACCCGCGUAUGCCUACAAGCACUAUGUGCUCCAGCCCCAUGAGCAGAUCACGUUGCGCGAAUCGAAUAGCUUUGUUAGCGAAGGCACCACCGGCCUGUGUACCUGGGAGGCCGCUCUGGCCCUGGCCGACUAUCUGCUGGAGCAUCGCAAUUUGCUGCAGGACAAAAAUGUGCUCGAACUGGGCGCCGGAGCUGGGCUGCUGGGCAUAUUGCUGAAGCAAAAAUCGCUGCAGCUGCCCGUCCAACAAGUCCUCAUCACCGAUGGCAGCGAAGCUUGCGUCCAACUUAUGCGCGACAACAUUGCCUUUAAUUUCCCUGAGUCAGACGAUGUGGGGAAGCCGCAAUGUGCCCAACUGCGCUGGAAUCAGAUCAGUGAGUUCCCCUGGACAGAAUAUCCAUCGCCGGAUCUUCUGCUGGCCGCCGAUGUUAUCUACGAUGAUACGCAAUUCUCGGCGCUGCUCAAAGCACUCGAUUACAUCUACGAGCUGCGUGGUAAUCGCUGCGAGAUGCUGCUGGCCAGCACUGUGCGCAACGUGGAUACGCUGCACAACUUUAUGCAGCAGCUGGAGGAGCAUCAUUAUCAGGUGACGCCUUGUGCCAAUGUCUCGGCCUGUGCCAGCCACUUCUGUCGGGAUCACACGGCCGCCGUUCAGAUUGUGUGCAUUAAGCGAUAA